AAUAAAAAACGAUGGAUUGUUUUUAAUUAAAAAAUCGAUGGAUUGUUAAUAUUUUUUUAGUGAAUGAAAGAUGGGUUUUUUCAAUUAAAAAAUAAAAAUAUAUCGGCAUUCUUAUAGGAUCUCUCUCAUGCAAAGCAAAGCAAAGCAACAAAAAUUCAGACAAGAAACCUCAACGGCUCAGACCAACCCACCAAUAUCUUUGCUUCUUAAUUUGUUACUCUGUCUCUCAAGUAAAUAAGAAGAAUCAGCAGCACUAACUAUAUAUAUAUAUAUAUAUAUAAAUAAAUAAAAGGAUCCAGCUUUUUUAAUUUCUUCGAUUCGAUUUCUCUAAUUAAUAUCUUUGCCCUUUCUUUUUUGACUGAUUAGAUUUGUUGUUUUUGGUUUUCUGAUCAGUUGCGAAUCGAGCUGGAUUCUUGCUUCCUUUAUUUGUUUCUUUUUUCCUUUCUAAUCAAUCAAAAGGUUUUUUUGUUUUUGUUUUUCUCUGGUAAUUAGUGAAGGAGAUAAAUUCGCUAAAAAAAGAAGCGAAUCUUUUUUGUUUUUGUUGGUAAAAAUUAUAAAAGCUGGCUUUCUCAAAAAUUCUUCAUGUGGUCGACCAAGGAGACGAAGAAGAAGGAAGAGAACGUCUCUUAGCAGCAACCAUGACCGCCACCGAAGCUAAGAAUCGCAAAACCAUUGUCGGAGACGACGAUCUCGAAAUCCCUGACACUGCUCAUCAAAUUAGCAGCGAUUCAUGGUUUCAGGUGGCGUUCGUUUUGACCACCGGUAUAAACAGUGCGUAUGUGUUGGGAUAUUCAGGAACAAUCAUGGUUCCUUUAGGUUGGAUUGGUGGUGUAGUUGGUCUUAUUAUUGCUACUGCAAUUUCUCUCUAUGCAAAUAGUCUCAUUGCCAAGCUUCAUGAGUUGGGUGGCAAAAGACACAUUCGCUAUAGAGACCUUGCUGGAUUUAUUUACGGUAGAAAGGCUUAUCAUCUUACAUGGGGAUUGCAAUAUGUCAAUCUUUUCAUGAUUAAUUGUGGAUUCAUCAUACUAGCUGGUUCCGCCUUGAAGGCUGCUUAUGUGCUUUUCAGGGAUGAUCAUAUCAUGAAACUACCUCAUUUUAUAGCCAUUGCUGGUUUGAUUUGUGCGAUUUUUGCUAUUGGGAUUCCUCAUUUAUCAGCUCUUGGGAUUUGGCUUGGAGUUUCGACCAUCCUCAGUCUCAUCUACAUUGUUGUGGCAAUCGUGCUAUCGGUUAGAGAUGGAGUAAAAACACCACCAAGAGAUUACGAGAUACAAGGAUCAUCAUUCAACAAAAUUUUUACCAUCACAGGAGCAGCAGCUAAUCUGGUUUUCGCAUUCAACACCGGGAUGCUUCCUGAAAUUCAGGCAACAGUGAGGCAACCGGUUGUAAAGAACAUGAUGAAGGCCCUAUACUUUCAGUUCACAGCGGGUGUUUUACCGAUGUACGCGGUGACAUUCAUCGGAUAUUGGGCUUACGGGUCCUCAACCUCAACCUAUCUGCUAAACAGCGUCAAUGGUCCACUCUGGGUCAAAGCCCUUGCUAACAUAUCAGCUAUCCUUCAGUCCGUUAUCUCUUUGCACAUAUUUGCGAGUCCAACAUAUGAGUACAUGGACACAAAGUUUGGGAUCAAAGGAAACCCAUUGGCGAUAAAGAACUUGCUGUUUAGGAUCAUGGCGAGAGGCGGGUACAUCGCGAUAAGCACGCUUCUCUCAGCGCUCUUGCCGUUCCUGGGUGACUUCAUGAGCCUCACUGGUGCAGUGAGCACAUUCCCUCUCACAUUCAUUCUAGCCAAUCACAUGUACUAUAAGGCUAAGAACAAUAAGCUCAAUUCUAUGCAAAAGCUAUGGCAUUGGCUGAACGUUGUCUUCUUCAGUUUGAUGUCUGUUGCUGCAGCCAUUGCAGCUGUCAGGCUCAUCGCUGUUGAUUCCAAAAAUUUCCACGUUUUUGCAGAUUUGUAAUUCAUUAUAUAUAGUUAAAAGUGUAUGUUUAUUCUUAGGCGGGGUUUAUUUCUCCUACCAUAAUCUUGUAUCCUCUGUUUUUUACUUACCAUUAGAGAAAAAUAUACAUAAAUAAGAUUCUCGAAA